CGCCGCCGCCGGGGAGAAGCGUUCGGGAGGGCGCGGCGCGCGCCGGGCUCGGCACCAUGGAGAUGAUCAGGAGCAAUUUUAAGAAAAAUCUUAACAAGGUCUACCAAGCCAUCGAAGAAGCGGAUUUUCUGGCUAUUGAUGGGGAGUUUUCAGGCAUUAGUGAUGGACCAUCAGUCAGCGCGUUAACAAAUGGUUUUGACACCCCAGAAGAAAGAUAUCAGAAACUUAAAAAGCAUUCCAUGGACUUUCUGCUAUUUCAGUAUGGCCUCUGCACUUUUAAGUAUGACCACACGGAAUCAAAGUAUGUAAUGAAGUCAUUUAACUUUUAUGUUUUCCCGAAACCCUUCAAUAGGACUUCACCAGAUGUUAAGUUUGUAUGUCAGAGCUCAAGCAUAGUGUUUUUGGCCAACCAAGGAUUUGAUUUUAAUAAAGUGUUUCGCUGCGGAAUUCCCUAUCUGAACCAAGAAGAGGAAAGACAGUUGCGGGAGCAGUACGAUGAAAAACGCUCUCAAUCGAACGGUGCAGCGACUCUGUCAUACGUAUCGCCAAAUGCCUCUAAGUGCCCUGUGACUAUUCCCGAGGAUCAGAAAAAGUUUAUUGAUGAAGUGGUAGAGAAAAUUGAAGAACUGCUACAAAAUGAAGAAAACAAGAAUUUGGAUUUGGAGCCAUGCACAGGAUUUCAAAGGAAACUAAUCUAUCAGACAUUGAACUGGAAGUAUCCCAAAGGCAUACAUAUCGAGACCUUAGAAACAGAGAAGAAAGAGCGAUAUAUUACAGUUAGCAAAGUAAAUGAGGAAGAACGCAAAAAAAAGGAACAACAGAAACAAGCUAAAGAGCAGGAGGAAUUGAAUGAUGCUGUAGGAUUUUCCCGAGUUAUUCAUGCUAUUGCCAAUUCUGGAAAACUUGUUAUUGGGCACAACAUGCUCUUAGACGUCAUGCAUACGAUUCACCAGUUCUAUUGUCCACUGCCUGAGGAUUUGAAUGAAUUUAAGGAAGUAACAGCAUGCGUCUUCCCCAGGCUAUUAGAUACAAAGUUGAUGGCAAGCACCCAGCCUUUUAAGGAAAUUAUUAACAAUACAUCCCUUGCAGAACUGGAAAAGCGACUAAAAGCAACUCCAUUUAACCCUCCUAAAGUUGAAAGCGCAGCAGGAUUUCCCAGCUAUGACACCGCUUCUGAACAGCUCCACGAAGCAGGCUAUGAUGCGUACAUUACAGGACUGUGUUUCAUCUCCAUGGCUAACUUCCUAGGUUCUUUUCUCAGUCCUCCAAAAAAUCACGUGUCUGCCAGAUCAAAACUCAUUGAACCUUUUUUUAACAAGUUAUUUCUUAUGAGGAUCAUGGAUAUCCCAUAUCUCAAUUUAGAAGGACCAGACUUGCAGCCCAAGAGAGAUCAUGUUCUCCAUGUGACCUUCCCAAAAGAAUGGAAAACUAGCGACCUUUACCAGCUUUUCAGUGCCUUUGGAAACAUUCAGGUGUCUUGGAUUGAUGAUACAUCAGCAUUUGUCUCUCUUAGUCAACCUGAACAAGUGCAGAUAGCUGUCAACACCAGCAAGUAUGCUGAAAGCUAUCGGAUCCAGACUUACGCUGAGUAUGUGGAAAAAAAGCAUGAAGAGAAGCAGACCAAGAGAAAAUGGGCAGAAGAUAGUUGGAAGGAGGUGGAGAGAAAGCGGUUAAAAACUCAGUGCACAUCUUAUGUUCCACAGAGUCGGUACUACUGUGCUAACAGUUUUACAUCAGCAAAUACAGAGGGAAAAAGAAGUAUGAGUCCCAUUAAAGAGGAAGCUGGCUCUGAAGACCCAGACACGGAAGAAGAAGAAUUUUCCGACACAGAACACGAACAGACAGAGUCCCUUCUAGAGGGGACGAAGAAAGCCAAGAAAUUCAAAAAAAUGAAGAAAGAGCACAUCCCUGCAGAAAGCAUCAAGGGGAGUUCAGCAGGCCUCUUUGAAGUUCCUGAUACGUGGUAGCCAACAGCUGUUCAAAUGAAAAAAAAAAAAGCAAAGUUGAUUCUGAGAAAUCACCAGACUACACCACUUGGAAGCCAUAACUGUACUUAAUUUAAUAAAACGUGGUGUGAGCAUGGUUUAAAAACAAAGCGUAUCAUCUGAAAAACCAGUCUUUUAAACUGUCUUUUGAACAAUCAUCACUGUUUUAAUCUGUCAUAAAUGGAUAUAUUAUUAACUGGUUCAUCUUGUUAGUCACGUGAAACUUUUCCUGUCAUAAAAUGUUAGAUAUAAGAGUCAAAAUGAAGUGUGUUUCGGGCCGCCCGAUGUGGUGUAUUGGCUGUGAAAUGAGCAGAAAGGGCCAACAUUCUUCCAUGCUGUGGUCAUGAAUUAGUGUUGAGCCGUUUCCUGUGUAGAGGGGUUAUCACACAUCUCUCCAUGUUCAGGUUUUCAGGCAAUUGCACUGCAUGGUCAUCAGCCUCACGAUGAAUAGAUCUGUCAGCGUCUCACUGCUUCGCCCCCGUGACUCUGACUGAGACUCACAUUACACUUUCAAACCCUUUUUCCAGUAGGAAAAUUUCAACCGAGGUCAACUCAGAAAUGAACCCAAUAUGUGCACUGGCCUUUUGGAAAACAAUUUAUAGAGUACUUUCCUAAGACGUUAAUUUCUCAUGUGGGAGGCAGGGAUGGGAGAGGGUAGGUUCUUUCCUCACAUGCCGUUGAAAGUCUUGGUCUGGAUUUGUAGUUUUUUGGAUUUGUUUUUUUGUUUGUUUGUUUUUGGUGGGGAUUGUUUUUGAUAAAAAAAACAAUGUGUGAGUGGGUCUGAGCGUGCAUGCUUGUGUGUGUGCAUGUGUGUAUGAACUCUGUGGUAAACUUACUACUAGCUACAGCACCAGCCCAGACUAUAAAUACAACAAAAAGCCCAUGGCUCUGCUAUGGUAGAUCAGCUUUACAUCAUUGUUAGAUAUUUAACGUUUUUGUAUCAUGGAAAUGAAGAAAAAUGUAUUUCCAUAACAUAAAAAAAUUAAAGAAAUUUUCGUAGGA